GUGGGAGAGGUCAGUCCCGGCGGAUAUAAGGGGUCCUAGACGCCGUGUUCAAGCAUCAUUCGCUCUUCAGCACUCCUGCUCCGAAGUACGAAGCAAUUCAACCAACGAUCAUCAUGUACAAGUUCGUCGCUCUCUUCGCUCUGCUGGCCUGCGCCGCGGCCGCACCUGAACCCGGCUACCUGGCACCAGCUCUUCACGCGACCCCGGUUGUAGCGCCUGCAGUAGCGGUCGCCCACACCGUCCCGGUCGCCACCAGCUACGCCAACACCUACAAGGUGUCCGUGAAGAGCCCACUCGUCGCAGCAGCCCCUGUCGCCUACACCGCGCCGGUCCUCAAGGCCGCCCCGGUCGUUGCCGCUGGCCCUGUCGUUGCCGCCGCGCCGCUCGCCUAUCACGCUCCAGUCGCCUACGCCGCUCACGCUCCCAUCGUCGCUCUCCACUGAGGCAAUCUCAUCCCUAGCCAUUUUUCGCCCGUCUCGCGUUUCUCAUAACCAGUGUGCAGACGACGAACUACAUUCCCGUCGUCCAUUCGGACGAUGACGAUUCAUCGAAACGAUCGAUCCAUUGAUCCACCUGCAGACCUACCAGACUAAUCUUGUACCAGCCAGACCGCGCGGUCAAACGACCGAUCGCUACGAUCAAUCAAUAAAAUUUGCCAUUUCUGCCUUUAUGUAAAA